AUGCCCGGACGAGUCGCAAGCGGUCGUCGAACCGUCUCAUCAAAAGCGAGCGCCAAAUCCCUGCGGAACUCAUCCCACGAUACCGAAAUACCAGACGAAGGCGCAGAUUCGUCCCUCCGCCAAGCGAUAUGCAUCGUGUUCGCAGAUGCGCAGAAGUCUACCGCGGGACACAGAAAGGCGACGAUCAGUUUGCGGAAAGUGCAGGAAGCAUGUUGCUACGAGCCAGUGAACGCGAAGAAAGGAAAGCAGAGUGAGGACUUUGAGGAAGAUGAUUUCAAUCGCGAAGUUCUUCGCUGCGUGUUGCGCAUUCUCCCAGUCAAGAAGGCAGAGCCGGUGGGAGAUCGCGUGGUACGUUUCUUAGGCACUUUCCUAAACGCUGCGAGUGGCAAGGAUAUCGAGAUUGCUCAGCAAGAUGAAGAUAUGGAGGAAGGUGUACUGCUAGAGACACCAACAACGCGACUUACAACACAGCUGCUGGAGAUGCUUGUGCCUUUGAUGCGCGCCAAGGAUAAGACGAUCAGAUUCCGUGCGACCCAAAUCACCAGUCACGUCAUCAACAGUCUCGAUACGCUGGACGAUAAUGUCUUCCACAAGCUGAGGCAGGAGCUGUUGAAGCGCAUUCAUGAUAAGGAAGCGCCGGUACGGCUGCAAGCUGUGUACGGUCUAGGCCGACUGGCGCAAGAGGUAGAUGCCGACGAGGAGGAAGAUUCUGAUUCCGAGGACGAUGGUGCGAAGACUGUCUUGACAAAGCUCCUCAAUGUCCUCCAAAACGACCCAUCAGCAGAAGUGCGACGGAACCUCCUGCUCAAUCUACCCAUAACAAAGCAGACGCUACCAUAUCUUUUGGAGCGAGCAAGAGAUUCAGAUGCGACCACGCGAAAGGCAUUGUACGGAAAGCUGCUACCUGCUCUCGGCGACUUCAGGCAUCUGAGCUUGUCGCAUCGAGACAAGCUGCUUCGUUGGGGCCUCCGCGACCGAGACGAGAACGUACGCAAAUCGACUGCGCGUCUCUUUUGCGAAAGAUGGAUUGAGGACUGCGCCGCUCUUCCUGCUGCACAAGCUGCUGAGCAGGAAGAUGGCGAGAUCAAGCCAGCUGAUCAAGCCGCUGUACCUUCCUUGGACGCUCUACUGGAACUGCUAGAGCGCAUCGAUGUCAUGAAUAACGGCAAUGAAGGAGGAAUUGCACUUGUCGCCAUGCGCGAGUUCUGGGAGGCACGGCCUGACUAUGUCAGCUACGUCUCCUUUCCCGAUACUUUCUGGGAAGAUCUAUCUCCAGAAUUGGCCUUCGUUGCCCGCACCUUCAACGAGUACUGCCGCAACUCGACUUCCGGCCCUCGCGACUUGACAGCGCUUGCUGAUGAGAAGCUUCCUGAGGUGACCAAGUUCGGCUUCCUCCUCGAGCGAGAAAUACAGAAACUGGUCCAGGCCACGAUCGCGACAGCCGCCACGGAAGACGAAGAUGCGGAAGAAGAACUUGCACAACGCGAGUUCGUGGUAGAGAACAUGCUCCAGAUGUCCCUCACCUUCGACUACAGCGAUGAGGUUGGACGCAGGAAGGUACUUGGUCUUAUGCGAGAGGCGCUUUCAUUAGCAGACCUUCCGGAGGAGGUCACUCGUCUUGUGGUUGAGAAUCUGCGCCUCGUCUGCGGUCAGAAUGCUACUGGCGAGCGCGAAUUCUGCAGUCAUGUCUUGGAAGCCAUUGCCGAAGUUCACGAUACCAUCAUGGGCGACGUUGACGAUGAGCCCGACAGUACUGAAGAAAGCUUCCAUUCUGCUAAUUCUGAGAUCGAUGUUGACGAUGACACGAUCGUGGUCGCAAUGAAGAAGGCGAAAAAGCAGGCUGAUCAGGAUCCCGAAGCAGCGGAGCAGAAAAUUGUCAAGGAGAUUAUGGUCAACAUGAAGUGCCUCCACAUUGCCUUGUGCAUGUUACAAAACGUGCAGUGCGACUUGGAGGAGAAUCCACACUUGGUCACGAUGCUCAACAACCUGGUUGUGCCUGCUGUGAGAAGUCAAGAGGCACCGAUUCGAGAACGUGGCCUCAUGUGUCUUGGACUGUGCUGCUUGCUCGGAAAGAGGGUUGCGCAGGAGAAUCUGACGCUCUUCCUGCACUGCUUCAACAAGGGCUCGCCAACACUGCAAGCGACGGCGCUACAGAUCAUCACCGACAUCCUGAUCGUCCACCCUACACUGCUUGCUGCUCCCGAGGGCGAUGAAUGUGGUCCAUUAAGCGAUCAUCUCAAGCCUCUGCUGAAGGCAUACAGGUCCUCAAUCAGAUCUGAGGCCCCAGAAGUUCAAGCGAUUGGCGCUUCGGCUUUGUCGAAGGUGAUGCUACAGCGCCUGGUCACCGACACAGAUCUGCUUCGACAACUCGUGGUAUCUUACUUCGAUCCAGACACAAAGAACAAUGCUUCCCUUCGCCAGAGCUUGUCGUACUUUUUGCCGGUGUACUGUCAUUCGCGAACAGAGAACGCAAUGCGCAUGGCUGAAGUCGCGACAAGUGUCAUUUCGAAGCUGCAGACGAUCGAGACUGCGCUUCGUGAUGACGAUGACGAAGAUGCCGACCCAGAGGCAGCUGAUAAUCUCAUCUCUCUGACAGCUGUGGCCAAUAUGCUCCUUGACUGGACCGACCCAAGGAAGGUUCACGGCUUCAGUGAGGCUGUCAACGAUGCUGCCGUCGCAAGAGGCGCCGGCGAGACACACUACGUCCUAGCUGAGAGCAUCCUCGACCGCCUCGUCGUCAAGCCAGAUAAGGAGAAGAAGGUCCUAUUCAGUAUGCUCAACAAGCUCCACCUCCCAGCUGGCGGCGCACACCGCGAUCGACUCGAUGCAAUCCUCAAGCUCAUCGCCGAAGUCGAAGACGUCAAAGCUGCGACUGAUGCGACGAGCAAGAACGUCCUGAAGAAGCUCCAGGCUACACUGCUCAAACACAUGCACGACAUCACCACUGAAGAGCGCGGAGGUGGCGAUACUGUUCUGGAGUCAACCGAGCUCGCUGAUCAAACCGAGCUUGUCGAUGUGACACAGGCUCCCGGCGCAGACGAAGAGGAGGAAGAUCAGGAUUCAGACGUCACGCAAUUGCAACAAGAAUUGGAUGCUACUACGAUUGGUUUCACCGCUGGUGUUCCUGAUGCUGAAGGUACGAGGAUCCAGUUGGGUGAUGAAAGUCUUAUGGGUGACUCGGAGAUGAUGGAUGUUGAUGGUUGA